GAGACCACACGCAGACUUCCAGAUGGAGCUGUGCCCUUCCUGGCCAUUCUGCUGCCUCUCCCCUCCGCCCCUGUGAUCCCACUACAAGCAUCAGUUCUGCCUGCAUCACUCCACCCUCCCUGUGCACCUAUCCCCAACGGGGUGUCCAAAGCCCCCUAUGUUCUGCAAUGACAGUGACGGCCAGGUGGUCCCUGAGGACUUGAACCUGACCGAUGAAGAGCUGAGACUCAAGUAUCUGGGGCCGCGGCAUUCGGAGCUGUUCGUGCCCAUCUGCGCCAUGUACCUGCUGAUCUUCGCAGUGGGGACUGUGGGCAACGGGCUGACCUGCCUGGUCAUCCUGCGCCAGGCGGCCAUGCGCACGCCCACCAACUGCUACCUCUUCAGCCUGGCUGUGUCGGACCUGCUGGUGCUCCUGGUUGGCCUGCCCCUGGAACUCUACGAGAUGUGGCGCAACUACCCCUUCCUGCUGGGCACCGGCGGCUGCUACUUCCGCACCCUGCUCUUCGAGACCGUCUGCCUGGCCUCUGUGCUCAAUGUCACAGCCCUGAGCGCGGAACGCUAUGUGGCCGUGGUGCACCCGCUCCGGGCCAGGUCUGCAGUGACGCGCGUUCACGUGCGCCGUGUGCUUGGGGGUCUCUGGAGUCUGGCCAUUCUCUGCUCCCUGCCCAACACCAGCCUUCAUGGCAUCCGGCAGUUACAGGUGCCCUGCAGGGGCCCUGUGCCCGACUCAGCCAUGUGUGUGCUGGUGCGCCCCCGGGCCCUCUACAACGUGGUGGUGCAGACCACCGCCUUGCUCUUCUUUUGCCUGCCCAUGACCAUCAUCAGUGUACUUUACCUGCUCAUUGGGCUGCAGCUGCGCCGGGAGAGGCUGCUGCCAUCGACCAGGCCAUGCACCACUGCCAUGUCCAGGGCCAGUAACACCCGAAGUCUCCAGCUGCAGAACCGAGGCCGGAGACAGGUGAUCAAGAUGCUGUUUGUGCUGGUCAUGGUGUUCGGCGUGUGUUGGGCCCCAUUCCAUGCUGACCGGCUCAUGUGGAGCUUCGUGGCCCAGUGGACAGAGGAACAGCUCCUGGCCUUCCAGUACUUACAUGUCAUCUCCGGCAUCUUCUUCUACCUCGGCUCAGCUGCCAACCCUGUGCUCUACAGCAUCAUGUCCAGCCGCUUCCGGGAGGCCUUUCGAGAAGCUCUGGGCCUGGGGGCCUGGUGCUCCCGCCACCAACGUCAGCGUGGCUCCCGCAGCUUCAGCCGAGGGACUAUGGGCAGCACCCUGUAUGAUCUGGGCUGCCCAGCUGGCAGGGUCCCCUUGGCAGGAGGAGGGGGUCUGGAGAGGCAGCAGGAGACUGACCUGUCCAGAGUGCACCUAGAAGCAGCUUCCCUCCGCCAAGGGUGGGAGAGGGGUGCUGGAGAACCUCCCUUUUCAGCCUAGAAACCAGGUUCUAAUCCCAGCCCGAUUUGCAUCAAGCAAACUGUACUUCCCCCAAGUUUCUGGGCCUCAGCUGUUAAUGAAGCCUCCCAUCCCACCCUCACUCAGCACCAGCCAUCCCUUGUGCCUGCAGCAGCGGUCUCCCCGCCUGUGUGUCUGUAAGUCGCUGUUAGUUCCAACGCUGACUGAUGCUGUUGGAUAAGCAGGGUGCCCAGGACUCACUACUGCGUGUACUUGGCGUGUUCUCUUCUCACAAGGAUUUGUGUGGCUGUGCGCAUGGUCCUUCUCACAAGUCCGUUUCUCAUCUUUGUCCCAGCACACGUCCUGUGUUUUAUCCAAGUUCAAGGUGGCUAGUAUUCACCUCACGGAGUCCACUCUGAUGGGCCUUGGCCAGCCCUGGGGCUCACAUACACCACAAUGAGGUGGGAGUGGGGGUCCCCAGGCCUAGUUCAGGAAGGCCGGCCUACCUGCAGAGGCUGGGGUGGGGGGGCUGUGGAGACUGUGAGAUCAGGGACGCUUAACAAAGUGUCCAAUUCUGGGCAAAGCAUGAAGACAUGAGUUUCCUGGAGGUCACGGUCUGGGGAGUUGGGGAGCUUGUCCCACCUCACGGUGGGCACAUAUGUAAGAGGGAGACAUGAUACAGUAAGACAGCAAGUGGGGUUCCAGAAUAACCCAUUAACCCUCUUGCCCUCCAGACUUCCCACCUGGCCUCACCAGCUGUUCAAUAAGCCUAGCCUCCAAUACGGGACCUGGGAGGGGCACUCAGCCACGGGUGUGCCUGCAUGAGCCCUGGGAAGUCUGUAUUUCCUGGGAAGUUCAGGAGUG